AUGUGCACUGCAUGCCCACCACACCAUUACACGCAAUUCUGGAAUUUCUUGGAGCGCUGCCGCUACUGCAAUGUUAUCUGCGGGGAGCACGAGGAGGAGGUGCAGACUUGUCAUACCACUCACAACCGUGUUUGUCGAUGCCGUCCGGGCUUCUUCUCGCAUGCAGGUUUUUGCCUGGAACACACACCCUGUCCACCUGGAGCUGGUGUGAUUGUCCCUGGCACCCCCAGCCAGAACACACAGUGCAGGCCGUGCCCCACAGGAACCUUCUCGACCAGUAGCUCCAGCUCAGAACAGUGCCGUCCCCACCGCAAUUGCACAGCCAUGGGCUUGGCCAUCAACGUGCCAGGCUCCUCUUUCCGUGACACCCUGUGCACAAAUUGCACCAGCUUCUCACUUGGAAUCAGAUGGUCAGGUACCAAGGAAUGUGAGCAGGCUGUCAUGGACUUCGUGGCUUUUCAGGACAUUUCUUUCAAAAGGCUGCAGAGGCUGCAGCAGGUCCUGGCAGGCCCAGGGAAAAGGAGCUCACCAACACCACCACCACCACAGGAGGCCCUCAUGGCUUUGCAGCUACAGCUGCGACAGCAGCUCUCUGAGCUCAGUGGGGCUCAAGACAAGGUACUGUUGAUACAGCUGCUUGAGGCUUUGCAUGAGGCUAGGCUGCCUGGGCUGCAGAGGCGUCUACAAGCACGCUUCCUCAAGCUCCACUAA